AUGAAAAGACUGGAUACCUGCAGACGCUUCCUGUCCCCGUACAGAGCGGCCCGGGCUCUGCUGACUGGGGCCUUUGAGGAGGAGGGGGGGGAAGGGGGGGGUUCUCAAACUGCGGGGCGGACGGCGGACUCCCCUCCUCAUUUCCACGGCUCCAUUGACGGCCGAAACAAAGGCACAGUGUGGGGACCUACAGCCGUGGCCGUCCUACAUGGUGCCUCCCUGGUGACCCGCCAUGCCACGCUGGCUGCCGCAGGAGGAAGGAGGAUGGUGCUACAGGGCGGAGGUGGAGAGGGGGAGGCUGGGGGAGGCUGGGGGUGGAGGGGGGGUGGGUGUUUGGUGGUUGUGGCAGCUGGCAGCGAGAAGUCAGGAGAGGGGAGGGGGGUGUAUUUUGGCGAUUGGGACGAUCCAAGUGCGGUCGCUGUGACAGGUGUGGGCGCUUUGGGGACGGCACUUUGCGCUCUGUCGUGGUUGGAGUCACGUCCGAGCCCCGUUCACACCGGGGAAGAGGCAGGGAUGACAGUGAAAUGA